ACAAUGGUAAGGGGAAGAAAUCUUACGGAAAUCACCUAUUUCAUCCUCUUAGGUUUCUCUGACUUGCCUAGAAUCGUAACAGUGCUCUUCACUGUGUUCCUAUCGAUCUACAUUACCACCGUGACUUUGAACCUGUGUCUGAUUAUAUUAAUAAGGAUGGACUCCCACCUCCACACACCCAUGUACUUCUUCCUCAGUAACCUGUCCUUCAUCGAUAUCUGCUAUGUGACCACGACAGUUCCCAAGAUGCUCUCUGGCUUCUUCCAAGAAAAGCAGAUCAUCACCUUUCUGGGUUGUACUGUUCAGUACUUUUUCUUUGCAUUGACGGGACUGAGUGAAUCCUGUGUGAUGACAGCCAUGGCUUAUGACCGCUAUGCUGCCAUAUGUAACCCACUUCUCUACUCAUCUAUCAUGUCACCCACGCUUUGUAUACGAAUGGUGUUGGGAUGCUAUCUGGCUGCUUUCUCAGGUUCCAUAUCUCAAUUGUGUGCCAUACUUCAACUCCACUUCUGUGGACAAAAUAUCAUCAAUCACUUCAUCUGUGACAUGCCCCAACUCUUAAAACUGUCCUGCACUGAUACUUUCUUUGCACGACUCAUAUUGGCUGUAGUUGUAGUGGUGUUUGGGGUAGCAAAUGCCCUGCUUAUUUUGAUAUCCUAUGUCUAUAUUGUCCUCUCCAUCUUAAAGAUCACUUCAGCUAAAGGCAGAUCCAAGGCUUUCAAUACCUGUGCUUCUCACCUGACAGUUGUCACCCUCUUCUAUGUCUCAAGUGUCGUUAUUUACCUGAGUUCUAGUACUGGAAGUUCUUCAACCAUUGACCGAUUUGCAUCAGUGUUCUAUACUGUGUUGAUCCCCGUACUGAACCCUUUGAUUUACAGUCUAAGGAACCAGGAAAUAAAAGAUGCCUUGAAGAAGCUUUCAAAGAGAGGCUACUGCUGA